AUGGAGUUGUCUUCGCCGGUUAUCCGCAGUGAUUAUAUCUAUAGAGCCUACUGGCUGUAUUGGCGUCUGCUAGGUGUCGAGGGCGAACAUCCGCUCAGAUAUCUACUUGUUGUUAUACAGUUUGUCUUCGUGACAAUUUGGUAUCCCGCACAUCUAAUCAUUGGCCUUAUGUGCGACGGAACCUUGGCUGAGGUCUGCAGAGGUCUACCUAUCACGGCUGCCUGUUUUUUUUCAAGCUUCAAAAUCAUUUGCUUUCGCUGGAAAAUGGACGAGAUUAAGACCAUCGAACAACUGUUGGUGGAUUUGGAUAAGCGAGUCGAAACUGCAGAGGACCGUAAGAUCUUUCACAGGGACACAUUACGUGUGGCUGAUAUCAUUUGGAAAUGUAUUCUCGCGGCUGCCGUAUUGGCCAUUAUAACGGGCACAGCCUUCGGUCUGUUUCAAAGUGACCGAAAGCUGCUAUAUCCCGGUUGGUUUCCCUAUGAUGUUCACUCAUCGGAGCACAUCUAUUGGCUGAGUGUGGCCUAUCAAUCUGCUGGCGUUUCUCUGGCAAUUCUGCAGAAUCUUACGAAUGAUUCGUAUCCACCAAUUACUUUCUGUCUGGUUGCUGGACAUGUGAGACUCCUAUCCAUGCGUUUGAGUCGAAUGGGCUAUGAUGAGCAAUUAUCAAAAGAAAGAAUCGUCAGAGAACUGGUAGAGAACAUCGAGGAUCACAGAAAGAUAAUGAAAGUCGUUCAACUGCUGCGUAGCACUAUGCAUCUCUCGCAACUUGGACAGUUUAUCGCGAGUGGCAUCAACAUUUCCAUUACGCUCGUCAACAUUCUCUUCUUUGCGGAAAACAAUUUCGCAAUGGCCUACUACGGCGUUUACUUUGUGGCGAUGCUCGUGGAGCUGUUUCCCAGCUGCUACUACGGGACUCUGAUUUCUGUGGAGCUCAAUCGACUGACGGAUGCCAUCUUCUCCAGCAAUUGGGUGGGAAUGGAUCGCGGAUACUGUCGCACUCUGCUGAUAUUCAUGCAACUGACUCUGGCGAAUGUGGAGAUCACCGCGGGCGGAAUGAUUGGCAUUAGUUUGAAUGCAUUCUUUGCCACCAUACGAUUGGCUUACUCAUUUUUCACUGUGGUCUUGUCGUUGCGUUAA